GGGAGAGAGAGAGAGAGAGAGAGGGAGGGAGGUGGUGAGUCGGUCUCUGUUCUCCCACGCUUCCUCAACCAUGUCUCAGCCGGGUCCAGUUCUCAUGGUGAAGACCUCAGCGGAUCAGCUGUAGCCUGACUGUGUGUGUGUCUCUCUGUGUGUGUGUGUGUGGGUGUGUGUCCAGUCCAGAGAUUGUGCGAUGCUGACAACAUGUUCCCUGAUCGAGGAGCUGAGCGCUGAGCAGCAUAGAGGAGGCACAGUGGAGCAGCGUGCACGGUUACAGCGGGCUGUUGCAGCAGGGCGGCAUCAUGGAGGCUGGAUGUGUGGUUGCCGCGGUGAUUGAGAAUGCUGCUUCAGGACCCCAGGGAGAACCAGGAAGUGGUGACGUCCUUGAGGGAGAUGUGCAACCAUCAGCUGACGUAGACAAAGACGACGCCUUACCUCAACCCAGCAACAACAAUCCUCCAGAGAAGAAACAGCCACAGGAGACAACCACUGCCAUGGUGGGGAGCGAUGAUAUCACGGAGCAUCCAGCCGAGCCGCUCCUGCGCUCCUGCGUCAGCACGGCCAGCAUGAAGGUCAAGAACAUGAAGAAGCUGACGUUCCCCAAGGGUCACUUCCCCAGGUUGGAGGAGUGCGCCCAUUUCCACUAUGAGACUGUUGACUUUGGCAACGUUCAGUUGGCCUUCGCCGAGGGGCAGAGUGAAGGACCGAAGGCCGGUUCGGACUCCAAUGAGCUGGUCUUACUGGUCCAGAUCACCUGCCAGGGUAAGAACUGGCUGGUGAAGAGAUCCUACGAAGAUUUCCGGGUGCUGGACAAACACUUACAUUUGUGUAUUUAUGACCGUCGUUACUCCCACCUCACCGAGCUGCCACGAUACGACUCGUUGAAGGACUCUGUGGAGUCAGUGACAGAUAUGUUGGCCACCUACCUGUCCCGCUUCUCCGCCAUCGCUGACAACAAGAUCAACUGUGGUCCGGUGUUAACAUGGAUGGAGAUCGACAACAAGGGAAACCAUCUGCUGGUGUCUGAAGAAGCCUCCAUCAAUGUCCCCGCCAUCGCCGCCGCCCACGUCACCAAACGCUACACGGCCCAGGCCACCGACGAGUUGACCUUUGAGGUCGGGGACAUCGUGUCGGUGAUAGACAUGCCUCCUAAAGAAGACACAGGCUGGUGGAGGGGGAAACACGGCUUUCAGGUCGGCUUCUUCCCCUGCGACUGUGUCGAGCUGAUAAAUGACAAGAUUCCCCCCAGUGUUCAAAGCUCUGUGCCGAAGCCAGGUACUCCUCAGUGUGCGUCUGUCCGGCUGCCGAUGUCUUAUUUAGUGCUCGCUCCCAUGAUAACAUGUCGGAUUGAUUUAAAGUGGCUGUUAUGUGUGUCAUCUUCAUCAGUGUGUAAGAAGCAUGGGAAGCUGGUGACGUUCCUGAGGUCUUUCAUGAAGUCUCGGCCGCCACCACAGAAGCUGCGGCAGCGUGGGAUCCUCAGGGAGCGCGUGUUCGGCUGUGACUUGGGGGAACAUCUCCACAACUCAGGACAUGAGGUCCCACAGGUUGUUAAGAGCUGUGGUGACUUCAUAGAGAAAAAUGGAGUCGUGGACGGAAUCUACAGAUUAUCUGGGAUCUCCUCCAACAUCCAGAAACUGAGGCACGAGUUUGACUCUGAACAGAUCCCAGACCUGAGCAGAGAGGUCUUCAGGCAGGACAUCCACUCCGUGGGCUCCCUCUGCAAACUGUACUUCAGGGAGCUGCCCAACCCGCUGCUGACCUACCAGCUCUACGACAGAUUCUCAGAGGCCGUGUCUGCAGCCACGGACGAGGAGAGGCUGGUCAAAAUCCACAAUGUCAUCCAGCAGCUGCCUCCUCCACAUUACAGGACUCUGGAGUUCCUCAUGAGACAUCUGUCCCGCCUGGCCACCUUCAGCCCCAUCACUAGCAUGCACACUAAAAACCUGGCUAUCGUCUGGGCACCUAACCUCCUCAGGUCCAAACAGAUCGAGUCGGCCUGUUUUAGUGGCACAGCGGCGUUCAUGGAGGUGCGUAUCCAGUCGGUGGUGGUGGAGUUCAUCCUCAACAACACGGAGGCGCUCUUCAGCCAGAAACUCAACGCCAUCAUAAGGGAAAGCACUGGUAACAACACCAUGUCCAGACCGAAGUCCCUGCUGGUCUGCUCCCCGUCCACAAAGCUACUCUCUCUGGAGGAGGCCCAGGCUCGUACUCAGGCACAACUGGGCUCCCCGGCCACCACCCCCUGCCUCAGCCACAGCGACUACAUCGAGGUCGGGGAGGGACCCGGAGCUCUGAUGGGCAAGUUCCACACGGUCAUCGAGCUCCCGAUGGAGAGCAGCAGGCGGCCUCCUCCUGCGAAGGCCAAGAAGUCUCCUGUGGGGAACUGGCUCUCCUUUUUCCACCUGGGCAAGUCCCAUUCUUUGUCUAAACGUAAACUGAAGCGACACCCCAGCGAGCCUAAUGAGAUAAAGAGCAUUGCACUGCCAGGUGGAAGAGGGGAUGGGGGCACUUUACGUUCGACCAAAAGUGAAGAAUCUCUCACCUCUUUGCACAAUGUGGAAGGGGAACCUCCAAGUUACCGUCCCCUCAGACCUCGUUCGACUAGCGAGGCCCUUUCUGCCCUAGCUAACGAUGACCUACGGCGUGCUAGAAGUAAAGAUGAGAACAAAACCCACCCACUCAAUGAGAGUCAUCAUGGUGCUGAUCGUGGCCACACCGCCGUGUCCCUUUCACCUCCACCCCAGGAGGACGAGCUCGACCUCUGUCCGCCGGAUGCAGGCAUCUCUACUUUGGACUUUGACCCCAUGUCUUUUCAGUGCAGUCAGCUUGCAGCGACCCCUGGACUGCAGCGCAACAGAGAUGGAAACAGACAGAGGAAGAGCGCAGGUUGUUCUAGUGAAUCGGAGCCAAUCUCUUCUCCCAACAACAACAUUAGCUGCUCUCAGUCACCAGAUAUUAGCCCGGUUCUCAGUAAAGGGGGGAAGAAUGUUUCCUCCAAGCCGCUGUCUCCUAAACUCAGGAAGAAGUCAUUUAAGACACAAGCAGACGUUCGGGCUGCAGCCACCUCCCUGCCACCCCUCCCCUCCUCUUCUCCCCCAGUGCAGAAACGUGACGCUCCUUCGGCAGAUGGAAAACAGCCAAGAGUGUCCUACCCACACUGCAGCCCGCUCAGCAUGGCGAGCCAGGCAUCAGCCCUGACCGACCUCAGCCAAUCUGCACAGAACCUGCCAGAUCCAGGAACAGAUAGACUUAUGAGUUCAGUGUCUGUUCUCCCUCCUCACCCUCCCUCGACGAGUGCUGCACGCAAGUUGGCCCUGGCUCUGGCCGAAUCUGCCCAGAAGGCGAGCAGUGCCUCCCAAAGACGAAAUAACUUCCCAUCGCACCCGCUCCAGAGACAUGAAGCUUGCCACGCCCAGGACAGGCCGCCCCGGCCCUCUGUUCUCGAUCUCAACGUGUACCCCGAGGAGUACUGCGGCCCUCGAGUCUCCUCUUCGGUUUCCCACUGGCAGACAUCAGCGCUCGGCCCAGUGGAGAGCCGCUUCUGCCCUCACCCUGUCCAUUACCCACCCGCACACCUCCGCUCGGGGCCUUCACAGGUCGCUGACGGACAGGAGAGCGCGUGCAAUUUCACACCUAAUGUGAGCCCGCUCGGGUCAGGGAGUCUGGAGGAAGGCAGUGCAGAGAGGAGGGACUGGAGGGAGGAGAAGCAGCUGAGAGAUAUCAGACAAGCAGAGCCCACCUAUCAGAGCGUUGGUGUUUCAACACCCACUCAACCUGGCUGCUCGGCUCAGAGCCCAACAACUUCUCCCGUGUACGUGAACACAGACUCUACCAACGUCUUUAAUUUCCGUGCUGUUCUGGCUGAGACAUCCAUGCCUGCCUCCAUCGAGCAGGUCCUUCCAAGGCCGUUACAGCCCUCCUCAACUCACAGCUACAGCCCAGAAGAGGACAGACCACUGGGCAUGGUUGAUGAUGUCUACAGUAAUCAGCCUCACCAUCAUCAUCAUCAUUGGCCAGUACAAGCAGGACGAAUGCCUGCACCUCACUGCCCUCGGCUCAACGCUCUGCCACGUCACCUUUCAGGGCCUAAAAGCCUGUACAGGCAAUCCUCUGAGAGCCGCUACAGCACUUUAGGUUUGAGGCAACCUUUGUCCCCUCAGUACAGACGUUACCGCAGAGACGAGCACCUGAUCGGUGGCUGCCAAAGGCAACCGGACCAAUGGCAGAGGUCAGAUGAUAGAAUAGUUGGUCAUCCAGCCAUCCGGAGGGCUCGUUCCUUCCAUGCCCCACAGAUUGGUCACUAUGAGCUGGCAGGGACAGAGGUCCUGCCGCCGGACACCAUGUUUUACGUCGAGCAAAAGACGAGCAAAGAAGCACCCUAUCAGAGGCUGAUUCAGACCGGCAUCCACCCUGUUCGGCUGCAGUUCGACAACACAAGAGCUGAACCCCGCUACUCCGCCUUCUCCGAUAUGAACCCAAUGGAUAGUUCCCACUAUUAUGUAGAGCCCUACCGGCAAAGCAGUGCACGACACAAUCAGUCUUAUAUCAAGCGUAACGGCAGAGAAGGCACACCAUCAGAUUACUACAACUACUCUCCACAUCGUGUCCCCCCCGUGAACAGGGAGCUUUACAUAGAGAGCAGGGACACGGUCGUUUACGAGACGAGAGACGCAGACGUUUUUGAAAGAGUCGUAUAUCAGCCAGUCAAGCAGGAGCGUCAAUCCAAACGUAAGAACACAUCUCCAGCUGUGUCUCCAUAUGAGAGUCCCGUCUCACCGCCAGACACGAGAAACAGAGACAUAAUGCACACAAGGAGUAAGUCAGACCCUGGAAACGGCUGCCUCCUCUCCGCCGACAGGACAGAAAAUGAUGCUACAUCUCCGACAUCCAUGAGGUCUCAACACGCGGGCCCUGAGGCCACCAGGCAGCCGUGCGGUCAGCAGUCAGGUGCAGAGGUGGGUCCAUCAAGGCGAAUUCAGCAUCAGCCACCGCUUCGUAAAGUCCCCUCCCUCCCAGAAAGAGACGGUCCUCACCUCAAGAACACGGAGCACAUAGACAGAAGCCACUCACGAGGUCCUGACCAGGGUCAACCGAUGACCCACGCUGCCAACAACUACCCUGGGGUUGUGAAACCCAGCAUCCUCAGGAGACCCGGGCGGUCGCAGAGCACCCGAGAAAAUCGUCACUACUAUCACUACCACGCCAAAUCCCCUCUGGAUCCUGAACAUCCGGGAUCCCUUUCCACUCAGCUCAACAGAAGGACUCAGAGCACUAAAGUCAGGCCAACACAAUAUGACCACAUGAAGGAGUAUUACGCAGCUCCCAGGCCUAAACCCACAAGAUCUGGUAAAGCCAUGGCUGGAUAUUUGCCCAGCCAGGGCUGCUUGUCCCCCCGCGGGCACAGACUGCUGUCCAAGGCUCUGGGUCAAGAGGGUUUUUGUCACGCUGCACUGAGAUCAGAGGCCGGGGUCUACGAGGGAUUCUGACCACUGGUUUUCAUCUGAAUCUCCAUCAAUCGGGGCCAAAGUAGAACCGCACUUUAUCCUCUGCCAGACCAACAGACUGUUGCAUUGAAAGUGUGUUUGUUUGAACCUCCAGGAAGCUGCUAAAGGAAGUGUGCAGUGAGGCUGCUGCUGCUGCUGGGGUUCCACACUGUCGCCAUCAUUGGUUGUUUCAUUUAUUGCAAAUGGCCCUUGCAGACUUUAAAGGGAACAAAUUAAUCGUACGCAGAUUUUCGUCUUAUAUUUAGAGAUUUUGAAAAAUAACAGUAAGAGGGGGCAUGCUUGAGAAAACGAUGGCUUAUAUAUUUUAUUUAAUGUCUAAACAACAAGAAAUAACAAGCUGAAGUAACAGGUUUUAUUGAUAUGAUUUUAAAGUGCGUAUAGGAAUGUGCAUAAGACAACAUUCAUUUUAAAUGUAUUAUAUUUGUAUAAAUAACACACAGCUAACACGUGGCCAAUGUACUGUACAUUUUGUUUUCUAUUCUAGUCUGCUCAGACGUCAACAAGCACUUUGGAGGAUAACUGUGUAUGAAACACGCUGUCUUAACGUGGUGUACAUGAAACCUCUUGAUAUACAGUCUAUUUUUGUUCUGUAAGAAAUGGCUUGCUCUGAAUAAUCGGUGAAUUAGCACUUUUGGGGCGGGGUGGGGGGGGUGGGGGUGUAAUGGAUGAUAACCUCAUGGUUUCUAACUUUUCACAUAUUUCUUUCACAACAUUGUAUGAUGCGAUCGCAGCAUUACAAUGUGAGUGCUAUGAUUUCAGUGUCAAAGCUACCGUGGCAGAAUCCGCUCAACAUUAAUUCCAAUUGCGCUCAUUCAGUUCGGUGAUAAAGUGUAUUUUGUAUGCCAACGUGGUUUUUGUCACAAAAAUUUCUUUCCUCUUUUCAGGGGAACUUUUAACAACGUGGUGUUUUACAUGAACUUUGAUGUUGUUUUAUCCAUUAAAGUUGCUAUUUCAAAUGUAGAAGAGGAUAUUCUGUUAAGAUAUGUUACAUGCGUUAUUUUAGUGAGAGUCUUAAAAGAAAUAAAGAUAUAUUGACAGUGA